AUGUCGUUGCCAUCCCACUACUUGCUGCUGUUGUUCUUCCUCUUGACUUUGUCCUUGUCGCAAGGUCAGGCCAUGGAGGAAGACUCUGCCGGCCAACGUUGCCUUGACGCUCCUCCUACGUUAGAGCUCAGUGACGGCCGCACGUUGGCGUACUGCGAGUUUGGUGCCAGUGCCGAGGAAGCCACUGCCGUGGUGUUGCAUUGCAACGGUUCCGGUGGAUCCCGACUCGAAUGGCCGGGCAAUGAAGAACUGUUGAAGGAAUUGGGCAUUCGCUUUAUCACGGUGGAUCGUCCCGGGCAUGGGUUUUCGGAUCCCGUGCCCGAUGGUCGCACACUGCUGGACUGGCCUCGCACGGAUGUGACGCAACUACUGGAUCACAUUAGUGUAGACCAAUUCUACAUUGAAGGUUGGUCGGCCGGGGGAAGUUACGCAUUGGCAGUGGCACACGAAUUUGGAAACUCGGGACGUGUGUUGGGCGGCGCCAUUCUCAGUGGCAUUGGACCGUUCGAUCGUCCCAAUCCUUUUGAAGGAAUGGACGAACCGCAAAUUCGAAUGUGGAUGGAAUGGGCCCGCGAUCAAAAUGAAACGGCCAUUUUGGAAUUCAGAGGACAACUCGCUCCCUUCUUGCAGGCGUCCAAUGCCUCCCAGAUUGGAAUGUUGUUGGGAUCGGGUGGUGUGGGAUUGGACGACCUGGAAGUUGCACGACGUCCCGAUCUUCAGACUCUCAUGGGGGGCAACAUUAAAGAGGGCUACCGUCAGGGGGCACCCGGUCCGGCACAAGACGAUCUCGUCAUCAACCGUCCCUGGGAGUUUCGACUCCAAGAUAUCAACCCCAUGGUCCACAUUGAUGUCUGGCAGGGAGAAAUUGACCAGAAUGUACCGCUCAAUCAGUGGGAGGAAAUUCUCGUCAAGCUUGUUGCCCCAUCCUCUGCUCUCAGCACUGACAUAACUCAGGACGCAGACGAAGGAGAAGCCACCGCCCCAGCAAGCGACAACGAUGAAGUUGCCAAUGGAGGAAAUUUAAAUGCCAGUGCCAGUAGUGGUAGCAGGCCCUCACUUUUUGGACUAUCCAGGCGUUUUGGACGGUUCGUGUGGAAGUACAAUUUGGUCUUGCUCCUCUUGGGAUUGUUGAUUCCGGUGCUUCUCUAG